CCCUGCUCCUGCGGGGGUCCCGGGCCGUGGACCCCAUCCGGGCCUUCGUGGUGCCGCACAGCCACAUGGACGUGGGCUGGGUCUACACCGUGCAGGAGAGCAUGCGGGCCUACGCGGCCAACGUCUACACGUCCGUGGUGGCGGAGCUGGUGCGUGGGGAGCGGCGGCGGUUCAUCGCGGUGGAGCAGGAGUUCUUCCGGCUGUGGUGGGACCAGGUCGCCUCUGAGCAGCAGAAAUGGCAGGUCCGCCAGCUGCUGGCCCAGGGACGCCUGGAGUUCGUCCUCGGAGGCCAGGUCAUGCACGACGAGGCUGUGACCCAGCUCGAUGACCAGAUCCUACAGCUCACAGAAGGACACGGGUUCCUGUACGAAACCUUCGGAGUCCGGCCGCGCUUCUCCUGGCAGGUGGACCCGUUCGGUGCCUCGGCCGCGACACCCACCCUGUUCGCCCUGGCGGGCUUCAACGCCCACCUCAUCUCCCGCAUCGACUACGACCUCAAGGACGCCAUGCAGCAGGCCCAGGGCCUGCAGUUCGUGUGGCGAGGGUCGCCAUCCCUGUCCACGCAGCAGCAGAUCUUCACGCACGUCAUGGACCAGUUCAGCUACUGCACGCCCGCCAGCCUGCCCUUCUCCAACAGGUCCGGCUUUUACUGGAACGGCGUGGCUGUCUUCCCAGAGCCUCCCCCGGACGGCGUGUACCCCAACAUGAGCGAGCCCGUCACCCCGGCCAACAUCAAGCUCUAUGCCCAGGUCCUGGUGGCGAAUGUGAAGCAGCGGGCCGCGUGGUUCCGGACGCCCCACGUGCUCUGGCCCUGGGGCUGUGACAAGCAGUUCUUCAACGCCUCCGUGCAGUUUGCCAACAUGGACCCACUGCUGGACCACAUCAACAGCCGCGCCGCCGAGCUGGGCGUGACGGCGGAGUACGCCACGCUGGGCGACUACUUCCGCGCCCUGCAUGCGCUCAAUGUCACCUGGGGCACCCGAGACCACCACGACUUCCUGCCCUAUGCCUCGGAACAGCUGCAGGCCUGGACCGGCUUCUACACGUCCCGCAGCACCCUCAAGGUGCUGGCACGGCAAGUCAGUGCCCUGCUGUAUGCCGGGGAGUCCAUGUUCACACGCUACAUGUGGCCAGCGCCCCGAGGGACUCUGGACCCCGCCUGGGCUCUGCAGCAACUGCAGCAGCUCCGCUGGGCCGUCUCCGAGGUCCAGCACCACGACGCCAUCACCGGAACCGAGUCCCCCAAGGUGAACGACAUGUACGUGGAGCACCUGGCCGAGGGGACACUGGGCGUGCGCAAGCUGAUGGCCGCCAUCGUGGGAGACAGGGCGCAGCACACAGCCCCAGGGUCCGACUCGGGUACAAGACCUGAAGGACUCCUUGCAUCUGUCUACAACCCGCUGGCCUGGACGGUCACCACUAUUGUCACCCUGACAGUCGGCUUCCCUAGAGUCAGCGUCACGGAUGAAUCGGGCCGCCUCAUGCCUGCACAGAUCCAGAACUCAACCAAAGAGCCCUCUGCCUAUGACCUGCUGAUCCUGGUCACAAUCCCAGGCCUCAGCUACCGGCGCUACAGCGUCAGGCCCACGACGGGGACCCAGGCAGCCGCCACCAUGGCCAGCACCAUCCGGUUCGGCCGCAGGCUGCGACGCACCAACCAGGGGGACAAACACCUGGUGCCCGUGGCAAAUGACUGCUACACGGUGCUGCUGGACCCAAACACCAACCUGCUGCAUAGUGUCCAGGAGAGACAAAGCAACCGGACGGUGCGCAUGGCCCAGGAGUUCCUGGAGUACCACGCCAACGGGGACGUCAGGCGGGGCCCCAUCUCCGACAACUACCUCUUCGCACCCAACGGGACAGCGGAACCCUCGUGGGAAGCCGUGGGGCUGGAGAUCGUGGCGGGAAAGCUGGUGACGGAGAUCCGGCAGCACUUCUACAGGGACGCCAAGGCCCAGAAUUACACAUACGCUGUCUACUCCCGGCUGGCCCACGUGUCCCAGGGCCCCGGCGGGGAGCUGCUGUGUCACCGUAUAGAGCAGGAGUACCGAGUGGGGCCCCUGGAGCUGAACCGCGAGGCCGUCCUGAGGACCAGCAGCGAUCUCGACAGCCGGCAGGUCCUCUACUCAGACAACAACGGCUACCAGAUGCAGCGGAGGCCCUACCGGCACUACAAGAAAAACACCUUGGCUCGGAACUACUACCCCAUGGUGCAGUCCGCCUUCCUCCAGGAUGAGAAGGACGGGAGCAGGCUGGUGCUGCUGGCGGAGCGGGCGCACGGGGUCUCCAGCCCAGGCGGCGGGCAGGUGGAGGUCAUGCUCCACCGGCGCCUGUGGAACAACCUGGCCUGGGACCUGAACUACAACCUCACGCUGAACGACACCUCCGUCGUCCACCCCGUGCUCUGGCUGCUGCUGGGGUCCCGGGCGGCCACCACUGCCCUGCGCCCGCGGAGCGCGCUGGCCCUGCAGUACAGGCCAGUGGUGCUGCUGAGCGGAGAGCUGCCUGCGGACGGGGCUGCCGCCCGGGGACCGGCCCCGAAGCCCCAGGCCCCCCAGCAGCAGACAGCCGUGACGCUGCCCGCAAAUCUGCACCUGCAGAUCCUGAGCGUGCCCGGCUGGAACUACAGCGCGAGCCACAGCGAGCACGUGCGGGCUCUGCGGACAGGCCAGCGAGGGCAGGCCCAGGCAGACCUGCGCCGGGUCCUGCUGCGGCUGCACCACCUGUACGAGGCUGGGGAAGACCCGGUGCUGUCCCAGCCGGUGAUGGUGAACCUGCAGACGGUGCUGUGGGGGCUCGGGGUUAUGGAGGCCGUGGAGGAGCGCUCGCUCACUGGCACCUGGGACGCACGCACCAUGCGGCGCUGGAACUGGAGGACAAGCCCUGACCCCCAGGCAGGCCUCCCCACCUCCCGCUCAAGGCCACCCAGAGGCAGCAGGGUCACCAUCCACCCCAAGGAGAUCCGCACGUUCUUCAUCCACUUCCGCCAGCAGUGAGCUUGGCCCUGCCGCUGGCCCAGGCGCUGGUGCUGGGAGAGCGGCGGGGUCUGGGGUCUGGGGGCUGCUUACGGAACUGGCCGGCGCACAGAGGGCCCUGUUAGUGCUUUCUUUUGUGAUUUUUACAAUAAAAAGGACAGUAGUGGUCCAGA